AGUAGGAAAAAGAGCUUAGUCCCUCUCCUACCAUUUGCGACAGUCUUCUAAAACAGCUUUCCAGCCCUCGGGCCUCCCCAUAUAUGCCACCGUGAACAAUAACACCACCACUCCGCCGACCCGACCUAUUGACCACCCCUUCCUGCCUCUCCAAUAGAUCAGACACGUGGCAUUCAGACCAUUAUUUGUCACUCAUCGAGGCUACCUUCCCUGUAACAUAUACGCUAUUAUACAGACAUUUGUAGAAGAAGACAGUUGCAAACAAUGAAGAUCCAGUGCCUCAGCCUCCCAAUUGCAGCCACAGCGGUUGCCUCCGCUGUCAUUGUUGUGCUCUCUGCCAUGGCCCUACUAGGAGCGGCCACUGCCGUCGUUGAGCACACAUUCGUUGUGAGCGAGAUGAAUAUGACACAUCUGUGCAAGGAGAUGCUUGUCACCGUGGUGAACGGGCAAUUUCCAGGGCCAAUGAUAGAGGUUACGGAAGGAGACUCUCUGGUUGUUCAUGUCGUCAACAAGUCACCGCACAACAUAACGAUCCAUUGGCAUGGGGUGAAACAGCUGCUGAAUUGUUGGGCGGAUGGGGUGUCGAUGAUCACCCAAAGCCCCAUCCUGCCGAACCAAAACUUCACCUACCGGUUCAGUGUCACCGGGCAAGAAGGCACCCUCUGGUGGCAUGCUCACGUUACCUGCCUCCGGGCAACCCUUCACGGUGCCUUCAUCAUCCGGCCAAGACACGGGGCCAGCUCGUAUCCAUUCCCCAAUCCUGAUAAGGAAGUUCCCAUCAUUAUAGGGGAGUGGUGGGAGAUGGAUCUUGAUGAGUUGGACAGAAGAAUGAGGGACAGUUUGUUUAAUGAUAACCCUAGUGGAGCCACAAUGAACGGCAAGUUAGGAGAUCUCUACAACUGCUCCGGGGCAAAGGAAGACGGCUAUGUGCUGAACGUGGAGCCCGGAAAGACCUACCUCCUUCGAAUUAUCAACGCUGCUCUCUACUCCGAGUACUACAUCAAGAUCGCCGGGCACAAGUUCACGGUGGUUGCCACCGACGCAAACUACGUCAACCCUUACACCACGGACAUCAUCGCGAUCGCCCCCGGUGAGACUAUUGAUGCCCUCGUUGUUGCCGACGCGCCACCCGGUGGGUACUACAUCACAGCCCUCGCCAACCAAUCGCCAAAGCCCGACCACCAGAUGCCAAAGUUCGUCACAAGAGGCACUGUGUGGUACAGCACCAGGCACGUCUCCAGCAAUGGCACCGCACCUCCAGUGGCACCUGAGAUGCCCGACCAGCAUGACACGAUGGCCACCUUCUACUUCCAUGGUAACUUGACCAGCUUGAAUGACACACAACAGCCGCUGGUGCCGGAGCGUGCCGAUGAGUCCCUGUUCAUUACCGUUGGCCUGGGCUCUAUCUGCCGGCGAGGCGAGACCUGCAAGAGAAGUGGGAGUAACGAGGCCAUCAUUGUCGCGACCAUGAACAACGUCUCAUUUCAGCUCCCUGACACGAACAUGCCACUGCUAGAAGCGCACUACUACCACACCGGCGGCAUGGACGUGCUGCAAGAGCUUCCCGAUAGGCCGCCGAUGGUGUUCAACUUCACCGACCGGGGCUUGAUUCCAUGGGGGCCAAAGGAGGGGCAGCUAGAACCUACGUCAAGGGGUAGCUUGGUGCGGCGCUUUCGGCAUGGUGCUGUGGUGGAUAUCGUGUUCCAGGGCACGGCGGUGAUGCAGAGCGCCUCCAACCCGAUGCACCUGCAUGGUCACAACAUGUUUGUGCUUGCGCAGGGUGUCGGUAACUAUGACGCGGCGAGGGAUGUGGCCAAGUACAACCUGGUUGAUCCGCCAGUGAGGAAUUCCGUGGUCGUCCCGAGGAUCGGCUGGGCUGCCAUCCGGUUUGUGGCAGACAAUCCAGGAGUAUGGUUCAUGCAUUGCCACUAUGAGUUCCAUUUAUCGAUGGGCAUGGCGGCGAUAUUCAUCGUAGAGGAUGGGCCGACAGUGGAAACAUCUCUCCCACCACCACCAUUAGAGCUUUUGGCAUGUAACCAUGGCCAUCAUGUUGUGCCAAAUGAACUCUACCACAAAACUACAGAAACAGAGUUUGCCUGCAUCAACGAAGUCUGAAAGAUAAAUUCUACCAUGCAUAUGAGUUCUUAAAUAAAGAAAGUAUUAUUAUGAA